GGUUUGAGCAACGUGACGUCACAAGAGGGGCGUAUCUACCAAACUGGUUAGCUGCCGCUGUCCGAUUAGCUCGGUGCAGACUCAUAUCCUCGGCUGGCCGUGUCACAUAAACACCAAAAACUAAAACAUGUCUGACUUCACGGAAGACCAGAUCCUGGAGUUUAAGGAGGCCUUCCUGUUGUUUGACCGGACGGGUGACGGGAAAAUCACCUACAGCCAGUGUGGCGAUGUGAUGCGAGCCCUGGGACAGAACCCAGUCAACGCCGAGGUGCUCAAAGUGCUCGGGAACCCCAAAAUGGAAGAGAUGAACCACAAGUUGUUGGAUUUUGAGCAGUUCCUGCCCAUGUUUCACGCCAUCGCUAAGAACAAGGACCAGGGCUCUUUUGAAGAUAUUGUUGAAGGCCUGCGUGUCUUUGACAAGGAGGGAAACGGCACAGUGAUGGGGGCAGAGCUGCGUCAUGUCCUCACCACUUUAGGUGAAAAAAUGACAGAAGAAGAAGUGGAGACACUUUUAGUGGGACAUGAAGAUGCCAAUGGCUGCAUUAAUUAUGAAGAACUUGUCAGGAUGGUGAUGAGUGGUUAAGGACUUCAAACACUUCCAUCUUUAAUUUUAUUCCUGACUAUUUUCUGUGCUGUUAGUCUUGUCUUGCCCCUCCAUCCAUGUCAUUCUACCUCUAACCAUGUUGUUUUGUUACUGUUGAACUUUUUUUUUUACAUGCCUUUUCUGUCUGAUGUGAAAACUCUUCUCAUCUCAUAUUCCUAAAAACUGUUCGUGUUUGCAGGCACAAUCAGUGGAACAUCUCCGCUUGUAGGGUUACCUUCGUCAUUUCUGGCAGUCAUCCUCUGGCUUGCUGUCUUGUCUUUUGGAUGGAUAUGAUAAUGUGACAUGUUACAUUAAUAAAUAUUGAAUAAACUUGUUUACAAAGUUUUA